CGGCGGAGGGACGCUCUCCGUGCGCAGUCGUGGGGUGGGUCGUUGUGCGGUCGGGCGCCGUGCGGCCUGUCGGGGAGACGCGGUCGGAGUGGGAGGGAGAGUCAGCACCCGAGAGGUGCAAGAAGACAGGCUUUAGGCUGGAAGAGCCCUAGAGGAGCGAUUUUGCAGUGUCGUCGUCCCUCCUGGUGCCCAGGACCUUCUAGUAGAGUUUACAAAGCUUUAGAGACACCUCUACCAAGAAUGGCCGACCCUGAGCACUGACGUGGCGCGAGACACUGUUCUACGAGUUUACAGGAAAGCAGUCCCGCGUUACAGAUGAGGAAACAGGUAUACAGGAUGAGUGGUUUGGUUUUGUGUGAACCAACAGAGCUUUACAACAUCUUGAAUCAGGUCACAAAACUAUCCAGAUUAACUGAACCCAACUAUCUCUGUUUAUUAGAUGUGCGUUCCAAACGGGAGUAUGAUGAAAGCCAUGUGAUUACAGCCCGUCUUGUGAAGAAGAGGGCGGGUGAAUAUCUUAUCCCGGAGUCUGUGGAUCUGGAGUGUGUGGAACACUGUGUGGUGUAUGAUAACAACACCAGCUCCCUGAAUGUCAUCCUAAAAGGUGACAACGACGAUGACAGCACUGAUGAAGGCGAUCAAGGAAUUGUGCUUGGAGCUGCCGUUGAGUGUGGCAGAACCCUGACUCACCUUGCCCGCCACCCCAUCCGUAUCCUGAGAGGAGGCUACGAGAGCUUCUCGGCCAUGUACCACUUCUUCCGGACACAGAAGAUCAUCUGGAUGCCACAGGAACUGGAUGCCUUCCAACCGUACCCUGUUGAGAUAAUGCCAGGCAGGAUCUACCUGGGAAAUUUCAGGCAAGCCUGCGACCCUAAAAUUCAGAAGGAUUUGAAAAUCAAAGCACAUGUCAACGUCUCCAUGGAGACAGGGCCGUUUUUUGCAGGUGACGCCGACAAGCUUCUGCACAUCCAGAUAGAAGAUUCCCUGGAAGCCAACAUUACACCCUUUUUACGCCACCUCUGUCACUUCAUUGAAUUUCACCUGGAGCUUGGCUCUGUCAUCCUGGUCUUUUCCACCAUGGGCAUCAGUCGCAGCUGUGCGGCCAUCUUGGCCUACCUUAUGCACCGAAAUGAGCAGACCCUGAAGAGGUCCUGGGCCUACGUCAAGAAGUGUAAAACCAACAUGCGUCCAAAUCGGGCUUUGGUGGCUCAGCUGUCAGAGUGGGAGAAGGUUAUCCUUGGAGACAGCGUCACAGACAUCUUGGAUCCACUCUACUGAUUUUCUC